CGCCCAGUCUGCGCGGCGCACCGAAAACAAUUGUAGUAACGCGAUACGUUCUAUCCAUUGUUUAUUUAUUUGUUGUUAUCAGCGCGCCUUAUCAGCGACCUUUUACUAAUAAUAGUAUGAUUAAGUAGCAAAAGCAGCGUGAAUGAGGUAGAUCACUCAUUAGGUUGGGGCGAUACGGAUAUGGGUGCAGUGGAACCCGGUGGAAGUAGAGUUACUGGGCCGCUAUUAUAGUAGGUACCAGUUUUCAGUCACUUUUAGUCGUGAAUCGAAGUGUGCUGGUGUUGUUGUUUGUGGUGCUAUAGCACGGUGAUGAACGACUUUCCGUAAUAACUUUACGAAAGAUAACGUUUUUCUGAAAGUCGAUGGAAACAGUCGGUUUAUGUAGCCCAUAAGAACAAUAGUAAGACGAUGUCAGGUGAAAAGGGAAACCGAGACUACAUUGGUUUUGCAACCCUUCCCGAUCAAGUGCAUAGAAAAUCAGUUAAGAAGGGUUUCGAAUUCACCCUAAUGGUCGUAGGAGAAUCUGGAUUGGGGAAGUCCACUUUAAUCAACAGUUUGUUUUUAGAAGAUCUUUACAAGAACAGGGUGGUACCAGACGUAAAUGAAAAAUUGCAAAAGACAACCACAAUUGACAAGAAAACAAUGGAAAUUGAAGAGAAAGGUGUGAAAGUAAGAUUAACUGUGGUUGAUACUCCUGGUUUUGGAGAAGCAAUAAAUUGUGAAGACAGUUGGAAAGUUUGUGUCAAUUAUAUUGACGAACAAUUUCGUCAAUAUUUCACCGACGAAAGCGGACUCAACAGGAGAAACAUCCAAGAUAAUAGAGUUCAUUGCUGUUUAUAUUUUGUACCUCCUUGGGGUCACAGUUUACGCCAAAUGGAUUUAGAUCUGAUGAAAAGGCUGCAUCGCAAAGUAAAUUUAGUUGUUGUUAUUGCGAAGGCUGAUUGCCUGACGUCAUUGGAAGUCGCAACCCUUAAGAAAAAUAUUUUGAACGAUAUCAAAGAGAAUGGGAUACAGAUGUACGAGUUUCCUGAGUGUGAUAGUGAUGAAGAUGAAGAAUUCAAGCAACAAGACAGGGAAUUGAAGGCAAGCAUCCCCUUCGCAGUGGUGGGGAGUAAUAGUAUCCUAGAAGUUGCCGGGAGGAAGAUUAGGGGUAGGCAGUACCCCUGGGGGGUUGUUGACGUUGAAAAUCCAAAACAUAGCGAUUUUCUCAAGUUGAGGACAAUGCUGAUAUCCACUCAUAUGCAAGACUUGAAGGAUGUAACUGAAGACGUCCAUUAUGAAAAUUUUAGGGCGCAGUGUAUCUCACAAAUUUCUCAGCACGCGUUCAGGGAGAGGGGAAAAUUAAAACGAGAUUCGACUGCCUGUGAUCAAGAAAUUUCUGAGACUGAUAGACUACUGCUACAAAAAGAGGAAGAGAUUCGAAGAAUGCAAGACAUGUUAACUCAAAUGCAGGAAAAGCUUAAAGCUUCUAAUCAAGCUCAAGAAGGUAAGAAACACGACAGUAUUGAUGUUUAGAGAAAUAAAAUGUGUUAAUGGUAUUCGUUGGGUAGAGAACGUGGUGUUAUUGGUAGAUGAGGUAAAGUAUUAAAACAGUACUCACCACAGUUAUACUGAAUAAUUUUUUUUUUGACAUUUAAUAUCUAUCAAAUGGGCUUAAUUUUUAUUAUUUUUGUUUUUUUUUUACUUUUUCGUGUUUUUUAUGAGUACCUAAUUUAUUAUUAUUAUUUUUUAAUGGAAGCUGUUGAUAAUAUUUUAGUUAUAGCGAGUUAGUUUAUCAAUUGUGGUGAUUACUCUAGGUACAAUAAUUACAUAUUUAUACCAAAGAAAAUAAGAAUCUGAUUUUGUACUAUCGUUUUUAUACCAAUUACAAAAUUUGUAGCUGCAUAAGUACGAAUGGUACAUUUAGAAUUAAAUAU